AUGGGUCACUCUCAGGAGCUCAGUGAAUUCAAGCGUGGUACCGUGAUAGGUUGUCACCUGUGCAAUAAGUCCAUCUGUGAAAUGUCCUUGCAACUAAAUAUUCCACGGUCAAGUGUUGGUUGUAUUAUAACAAAGUGCAAUCAACUGGGAAAGCAAAUCAGCCAUGAAGUGGUAGUUAAAGACCUCCAAACUUCAUGUGGCCUUCAGAUUAGCACAACAAAAAGUCCUGGGUUUAAUAACACUUUAAAGCGUGAGUAUACCAAUACAUUUUGGGCAAUUUUAUGCUCCCUACUUUGUGGGAACAGUUUAGGGAUGGCACUU